CACUUCCGUCUGGCAGGUGACAGCGUAGCACUGUCAGACAUUUUGAAGUUCUGAGUUAGGGAAGGCUGAGACACACACCUAGACUUCAUCGCCGACCCAGGACAGCGGUGAAUCAAAAUAAAGAGGAGAACUGACACCUUGCAACAAAAAUGACUGACUCCAAGUAUUUCACCACAACCAAGAAAGGAGAGAUCUUCGAGCUGAAGGCAGAGCUAAACAGCGAUAAGAAGGAGAAGAAGAAGGAGGCUGUGAAGAAAGUGAUUGCGUCUAUGACCGUCGGCAAGGAUGUCAGUGCCCUGUUCCCUGAUGUUGUGAACUGCAUGCAGACAGAUAACUUGGAGCUGAAGAAGCUGGUGUAUCUCUAUCUGAUGAACUACGCAAAGAGCCAGCCAGACAUGGCCAUUAUGGCUGUCAACACCUUCGUAAAGGACUGCGAGGAUCCCAACCCUCUAAUCCGCGCUCUGGCUGUGCGCACUAUGGGCUGUAUCCGUGUGGAUAAGAUCACAGAGUACCUGUGUGAGCCACUGCGCAAGUGCCUGAAGGACGAGGACCCCUACGUGAGGAAGACUGCAGCCGUCUGCGUGGCCAAGCUGCACGACAUCAACGCCCAGCUGGUGGAGGAUCAGGGCUUUCUGGAUACCCUCAAGGACCUGAUCUCGGACUCCAAUCCCAUGGUGGUGGCAAAUGCAGUUGCUGCCCUGUCAGAGAUUGCAGAGUCCCACCCUAAUAGCAAUCUGCUGGACCUGAACCCACAGUCUAUAAAUAAGCUGCUGACUGCCCUCAACGAGUGCACAGAGUGGGGCCAGAUCUUCAUCCUCGACUGCCUCGCAAACUACACCCCACGGGAUGACAGGGAGUCCCAGAGCAUCUGUGAGCGUGUGACCCCCCGCCUCUCCCACGCAAACUCUGCCGUCGUGCUGUCUGCCGUCAAGGUGCUGAUGAAGUUCAUGGAGAUGCUGCCCAAGGACCUGGAUUAUUACAGCACGCUGCUGAAGAAACUAGCACCCCCUCUGGUCACCCUGCUGUCUGCAGAGCCAGAGCUGCAGUAUGUGGCCCUCCGUAACAUCAACCUCAUUGUGCAGAAAAGACCAGAGAUCCUGAAACACGAGAUGAAGGUAUUCUUUGUGAAGUACAACGAUCCAAUCUAUGUCAAACUGGAGAAACUGGACAUCAUGAUACGUCUGGCCUCCCAGGCUAACAUUGCUCAGGUUUUGGCUGAGCUGAAAGAAUAUGCCACAGAGGUGGACGUGGAUUUUGUGAGGAAGGCAGUCCGUGCCAUUGGCAGGUGUGCCAUUAAAGUUGAGCAAUCAGCGGAGCGCUGUGUGAGCACGCUGCUCGAUCUCAUACAAACCAAGGUCAACUAUGUGGUGCAAGAAGCCAUCGUGGUCAUUAAGGACAUUUUCCGCAAGUACCCCAACAAGUACGAGAGUGUCAUUGCUACCCUGUGUGAGAACUUAGAUUCCCUGGAUGAGCCAGAGGCCCGGGCUGCUAUGAUUUGGAUCGUGGGAGAAUAUGCUGAGCGCAUUGACAAUGCAGACGAACUGUUGGAGAGCUUCCUGGAAGGAUUCCAUGAUGAAAGCACACAGGUCCAGCUUCAGUUGCUGACGGCCAUCGUGAAACUUUUCCUCAAGAAACCCACUGAGACGCAGGAACUGGUGCAGCAAGUACUCAGCCUGGCUACACAAGACUCCGAUAAUCCUGACCUAAGGGACCGCGGCUACAUCUACUGGCGCCUGCUCUCCACCGAUCCAGUGGCUGCCAAGGAGGUAGUUCUGGCAGAGAAACCCCUGAUCUCGGAGGAGACGGACCUCAUCGAGCCCACCCUGCUGGAUGAGCUCAUCUGCCACAUCGGCACCCUAGCCUCCGUCUACCACAAACCCCCCAACGCCUUUGUGGAGGGUAGCCGCGGGGUGCAGCACAAGCGCCUCCCACCCAGGACUGGAUCGAACGAGAGCCCAGAGAGCCCUGAGUUAGCCCAACCUGCUGCAGACCAGCCUGCCGACCAGCCGUCCGCUGUCAUCCCCUCCCAGGGGGACCUGCUGGGGGACCUGCUCAACCUGGACCUGGGACCACCCACCAGCGGAGGGACCCCCGCCAUCACCUCCGCCAUGCAGAUGGGAGCCAUGGACCUUCUGGGUGGAGGACUCGACAGCCUGAUGGGGGAUGACACAGAAGCGCUUGGUGGUGAUUUAGGAGGAAGUCCAGCGAUUGGAGCCGGGUUUGGAGGUCCUGCAGUUAUGCCGUCCUCCCUGAAUGCCCCAGUAGGGGGUGGUCUCGGAGACCUGUUUGACCUGGGCAGUGGAGUGGGAAUGCCCACUGGAUCCUAUGUUAUACCCAAAACUGUGUGGUUGCCUGCCAUGAAAGCCAAAGGUCUUGAGAUCUCUGGAACUUUUGCCCGUCGGAUGGGCACCAUCCAGAUGGAUGUGACCUUCACUAACAAGGCCAUGCAGAUCAUGACAGACUUCGCUAUACAGUUCAACAGAAACAGUUUUGGACUGUCUCCAGCAGCUCCCCUUCAGCUUGCCACACCCCUGAGCCCCAACCAGACCAUCGAGGUGUCCCUGCCUCUCAGCACUGUGGGGCCCGUCAUGAAGAUGGACCCACUGAACAACCUUCAGGUUGCGGUGAAGAACAAUAUUGAUGUGUUCUACUUCAGCAGCCUCUAUCCCAUUAACAUCCUGUUUGUAGAAGAUGGCAAGAUGGAACGGCAGGUAUUUCUGGCCACCUGGAAAGACAUUCCCAGUGAUAAUGAAGCACAAUUCCAAAUCAAGGACUGCCACCUAAACUCAGAUGCUGUGAGCAACAAGCUCCAAAGUAACAAUAUCUUUACCAUUGCCAAGAGGAAUGUGGAGGGACAGGACAUGCUUUACCAGUCCAUGAAGCUGACCAAUGGCAUCUGGAUCCUGGCUGAACUGCGCAUCCAGCCAGGCAGCCCCAACUUCACUAAUUUGGAGCUCUCCCUGAAAUGCCGAGCCCCUGAGAUCUCCCAGUUUGUGUUGCAGUCCUACGAGGCAAUGCUGAAAAACUGAGCCAGCACUGCAGAAGAACUCAGAGGGGCUGUGAGGAGGGGCUGGGUGUUCACCUGGGAGACCCUGCACGCAACAUCACCACCCAGGAUCCCCUUCUCGUUCACCAUUGCAGCAACCCUUCCUGGGCAGGACGGGGCACCAAUAGAAAUUCUGUACAAUAAAACGUGAAGCAUUUCCUGAUGUAUUUAAAAUGUAAUAAACCUUUGUUAGGAUGAACAACUCCUGAACUCCGCAGCCACACUGCAUAUUGUGUUAAGAAACAGUAAAAACCAAUGACCAGACCUCUUUUAAUAUACACAGUUUUUUGGCAGCUCAUUGCACAUCAAAUGCUGCAUGUACUGAAAGUUUAAAGUAACUAGUUUGCUUGUGGGUGGAUAAGUGAGGUAUUCACUGCCAGUAGAAUUGCCAGUAAUACAGGUAAACAUGCCCGUUGAAAGCUUGGAAUCCUGUUUCUAGAUAAUGGUGUGGGUUCACAAAGGCUGUUAUUGUAACCUUAAGAAUCAUCAUACUCUCUGAAUGAGCUGCAGGUGUAUUAAAAUGUAAGCUUCUUCUGCAACUAAUUGGCAUGCUGCGGUAGCUUUUAUCCAUUUAAUGAACAUCUUUGAUGUUCCCUUCCCAGGAGCAAUCAUUACCCAGGGCUCUUGAUACGCUACCCUAUUUGUUUUAAAGCAUGUCUCAGCAGGUUGAAGAUCUUCAUGAAUCUAUUCUAUUUACAACUGAUCUGCAGGUCCCUAGUGUUAUUGUUGUAGGUUUGGUGUCUUCUGGAUCAUUUAAGUGGAGAUGCAGUAUUUUUUUUAAUUCCCUUUAAAAGCAGUGAUCCCAAAACCCACAAGCCUUGAGUAAUACUCCUGCUUCAAGUGAUGACAAACUAUUUGAACCGUUGCCUUCCCAAUCACCUGAUAUGCAGAACAUGUAUUAGAAACCAAUUGUUUCAAAGCUAAAUCCAAAUAUCCCCCCCUCCCUUAUCUUAAGCAACAUGUAUUUUUGUUUCUACAUUGGAAGUUCUUUCUCAAACUGUGUUUGAAGAAUGAGAGCAUUGUUAAUUUCUGUGUAUUUGGGUCUAAUGGUUUUUACACAGGCUGCCUCUUCCCCAGAUAUAUGAUGUACUUCUAUAGUACUGUAGUUACUAACUAUUGCUUUAUCCCAAUACUUCCACACUACACACCAACCUUCUGACCACUAAGUUACAUACACCUUGUUGGCGCACUCUCAAGUUUAACAAGUUUUCCAACUUAAGUUGCACACUGCCUAGCAAUUGUUCACAAGCUUGUUUGUUUCACUGGUCUGAAAGGGAAUGCUGCAUCUUUACUAAUUGAAACUAAUUGUUUGGGGUUGCUGACCAAAUCUGCCCGUGUGUUUGUAACUGUAUGUGUGAGUGUGGGUGAGCACAGUGGACUGUGUUUAGUAUUUUCCUUUAAAGCAUUCCAAUUCUUUUCAGUGGGUUUUGUAUUUUAAGUGUGUUGUAACUUUAUCAAUGGGCCUGAAUAGAAGAGGCUUGGAGCUGAUCUAUCCCUAAAUUAAGGUGCAUAGCAAUUGAUUGUUCAAAAAAGCUAUUGAAUCUUGUCACUGUUAUUCAUAGACCCUCAUGCAGGUAAUCGGCAUUCGUAUUCACCAGCAAUCUCAUAAAUUUGAAAGUUGAAUUACAUGCACCCCUCUUUCCAAUAUGUAUAUGAGCUUCUUCUAAAUAAAUACAUAUUUGUUUAUUUGUAGAUCAUAGUGCCAGCAUUUAAAAUAAGUUGGGUUCCUAUCGAAAUAAAAAGUUGCUUUUGUUUCCACCUUGAGCUGCAUUCAGUGCCCAGUUCUAGACAUGGAGCUUCCAAGACCAGUGCAGAACAUUCACAAGGGCCCCCUGAGAGCUCUUGGCUGCAGAUGUCUGCUCCAAGUCCCAUGUGACAUUGCCCAGACCAGGUCCUGUGUUAACCAUUACUCCUGUACUUCAGUGUGUGUGUGUGUGUGUGUGUGAGCUGAUGCAGUGGAUGACCAUGUUUAGGUGCUGUUACUGUGAAUAAAGAAAAACAAUAUAUUCACAAGAA